AUGACCGAUCUCCCACUGCGUCAGAUUCUACAGAAACCGGAUGCAUCUGGCCGACUUAAGAAAUGGGCGAUCGAACUCAGCGAAUUCGACAUUCAAUAUAAGCCGAGAGUAGCAAUCAAAGGGCAAACUGUGACCGACUUCAUUGCUGAAGCAUUCCAUUCGAACUACGAGAAUUGUUGCCCUCCUGGAUUGAAGAAGCUUUCUCAAAGCUUUGUAGAUAAAUGCCGAGGAUUGCCGCUUGCAAUUGUCGCAUUGGGUAGUCUUCUGUCAAUCAAGGACAAGACAUAUGUUGAGUGGGAGAUGAUUCAUCGAAGCCUUGGAUCAGAGUUUGAAAGCGAUGACAAUCUUAGAAGCAUGAUGAAAAUAUUAUUCCUCAGUUUCAAUGACUUGCCUUACUACCUGAAAUCAUGCUUCUUGUAUUUGAGCAUUUUCCCCGAAGACUAUGCGAUUAAGCGUAUGAAACUAAUUCGGCUAUGGAUAGCUGAAGGUUUUGUAGAAAGAAAUGAAGGCAGGUCAAUGGAAGACGUUGCUGAAGGUUACCUCAAUGCACUCAUCGCUAGAAAUCUCGUUCAAGUAGCAGAAAGGAAAUCAUAUGGGAAAUUGAUCACUUGUUGCAUCCAUGAUCUCGUGCGGGAGAUCAUUAUUUCAAAAUCCAGGGAAGAGCAUUUCUUUGCAUCUUCUGUUGAGCAGAACAAGAUACUUUGUAAUAGAAUCCGGCGUCUGUCUAUUUACAAAAGCGGCGAGAAAUUUCCAAAAUUAGAUGGUUUGUGCCAUCUUCGCUCUUUGUUCAUUUUUGGGGUGGAUGGACUAUCUAUUGGUUCUGCAAUCACAUGUUUUUCCAGCUUAAAGUUGUUUAAGGUGGUGGAUCUUGAAAAUGUUUCCAUGGAUAGCUUUCCUGAUGCUUUGACUAGUCUGUUCCACUUAAGAUAUUUGAGCCUGGAGAAUACAAAGAUGAAGAAGCUUCCUAACUCACUGGGGAAGCUAAAAAACUUAGAAACAUUGAAUCUUAAGGGCACCUUUGUAUGUGAAUUGCCAAUUGAGAUUCUCAAGCUCCAAAACCUUCGCCACCUUCUGAUUUAUCGGUAUGCUAGAAAGGGGGUCUACUUGCCAUUUAAUGCUGUGGAUGGAAUUAAGGUUCCUACUGGAAUGGGGAGUAUGAGAUCACUACAGAAGUUGGCAUACAUAGAGGUGGAGAGCAGCGUGGUUAGAGAGCUGGGGAAUCUCAUCGAACUGAGGAAGUUGGGCGUUAUCAAAUUAAGAACAGAAGAUGGGAAUGAUUUGUGCACUUCCGUCGAGAAAAUGAACCACCUUCAAGCCUUUUCUGCAAGAUCGAUGGAUGCGGAGGAGCUUCUUGACUUGCAUUCUCUGUCAUAUCCUCCACCUACUCUUCAAAGGUUGUGCUUGAGAGGGCGUUUGCUCAAGUUACCUCAAUGGAUUGCCUCACUUGAUAAUCUAGUCUCCGUUCGUUUGAGGUGGUCUAGAUUGAGGGAUGACCCUCUCAAAGCCCUUCAAUCACUACCAAAUUUGGUAGAACUCUUUCUCGAGCGAGCCUACAAUGGAGAAGAGUUAUAUUGCGAGGCAGGAGGAUAUCCAAGACUCAAGGAUUUAAGCCUUCUUGAUUUGAAGGAAUUGAAGAAGGUGAGAAUAGAGAAUGGAGCAAUGUAUUGCCUUGAAAAGCUGAGGAUCAGAGGUUGUGAAGAGUUAGGAGAGGUGCCUUUGGGGCUUGAAAAUCUCACUAACCUCAAAAUGCUCUAUCUGGUGGAUUUGCCAUUUGCUUUUCUGAGAGGGCUAACAAAGGAUGGGUUUAAUGAAUUAGUCAAUUCCAUUCAGCACAUUCCACUCAUAAGAUAUAUAGAUACUAGGGACUUUUCAUGA